AUUAGUCUAAUUUGCUAAAUAUUUCAGAAUAACACCAUGGAGAAGACAGCUGUUCUGCUUGUGUGUCUCCAGCAGAUUCUUUCUGUUUGCCAGUCACAGCACCCUGGUAAAGUACAAUUUACAUUUACAUUUAAGUAUGUUAUCAAAAGAUACGUUUUAUUUAUUUACAAAUCAGUUCACGGAGCAAAACAGCAGGCAUACAUACAUCUAUUAGUGCAGGUAGUGCAGUACAGUUUAAAUCUAAUAUAAUUUGUAUGCACAGUGUAGGGCUGAUUGUGACACACAAUCAUAAAUAAUUAUAUCUCAAGUUCCCAACACAUAAGAAAUAAUAAUAAUAAUAAUAAACAUAAACAUUAUUAAAGAUAAAUUAUUACAUAUGUUUUUGUGUGUAGGUUAUUCUAUUCUUGAGAGAUCAUGUGUCAUUAUCUCAGUAUAUUGAUCGUCAUUGGAGACUGGGGAGGAAUACCAACCCCCCCAUUCUUCAUAGACAUGGGGAAAGCUACUGCUGUUGAUAUGGCUAGUGCCCCCACAACAUGGGACUGAACUUUGUCUUGAGUCUUGGAGACCAUUUUUAUGACCAUGGGGUCACAGACAUUGAGGAUUUACACUUUAAGGUGACAUAUGGGACUGUGUUUGCUGAUCCUUCACUUGUUAACAUACCUUGGUAUGCUGUAACAGGAAACCAUGACCAUAUGGGCAAUGUAUCUGCUCAAGUAGCUUAUUCCAAAAUUUCAGCACGCUGGGUAGUGAACUUCCCUGAUUUCUACUUUGAUUUGAAGUACAAGAUCCCAAACUCCAAUGUUACAGUCUCUGUUCUAAUGACUGAUACAGUUCUGCUUUGUGGAAACACCAACCAUGAAGUGCACCCAAAAGGACCUGAAGAUGCUGCAGUUUGCCAAGCAUUCCCAAUAGAUUCAGGAAAAACAGGAGAAUUCCAGUGCCCCUUAUCUCAUGUUGAAUUCCACAGCAGCAGGAGCACUGGUCACCCUCAUGAUCCUGCGUUUUACAGGCAUCGUAUUUCACAGCACGCACCAGAUGUGGAGAUGGUGCUUGGUUUUGUUUUGACUGAAUUCCUAAUUGUAGCUGGUCAUUAUCCUGUCUGGUCCAUCGGACACCAUGGCCCCACACACUGUCUAGUUGAGCAGUUGAGACCUCUACUAAAAAAGUACAACGUCACAGUCUACAGGUAGUAUAUUAAAUGAUCUUUUAAAAAUAUUUUUGCAAGGUCAUUUUAAUAUUUUAGAUUGAUACAUGUUAAUGCUUGGUCUUUGGGACUGUUGAUAGUGCUAAAGUUCAUAUAAACCCCAUGUUGAAUCCAGUUUGUAUCCAUUUCUAUUUUCAAGUGACCUAGACAGCGAUGAACAGACAUUUAUCCAUAUUGAUAUAUCAUAAUUUAAAACAAAUUAUGCCUUAUCUAGUACCACAAAGCUUAUUGUUCUUGCCCUCUUGCAUUCAAACAAGAUGAGUCUGCUUCUCACUUGUUAGGAGUCCUGGAGGUAAAGUAGAUUGCAUUCCUUGUGUUGUUUUUGGAAGUCUAUACUAGUCUAUACUCCUCUCAUGAAAGCAAUCUUUCUGACACUUUUAGACGAAACUGGCAAAGAGUUCAGCUUUUUUUUGUUUUUACUUUCACAGAUUCUUACCCUAAUUCCCAUGGUAAAGGUGAUAUUGUGUCACAUUUAAAAAGUGGUUCAUUCUCUUAAUGUAAAUUCAGUACUGUAUGCAAUAUACUGCAACAGUAGUGUCUAUUGUUUUCUUUUAAAUGUGACAAGGAGAUCAGGUCACUGUGAGAUAUAGAAUACUAAGUCCCCCAGGCUUUUUUGUUUUCGUAUAUAGUUGUAAAUUCUUUGUCAAUU